GGAGUGUGGACUCCAAAAACCUAAAACUCUCUUAACUUGUGAUACCGUGUCACUGAAAACACAAAUUUUUUGUGGGAAAAUUAUUAUUUGGACUGCAAAAAUUGAAAAACCCCGCGAUUCAGAGGCUCUCGUGCGUUCAGAGUCUCGCGAAAGAAAAAAAAAUAAAAAAAAUACCAAAAGUGAAACAAAAUAGUGACAUAAUUGAAGGCAAAAGGCAUUUCAAGUGCGAUACUUUGCACACGAGUGUUUCUGUGUGAUCGGUAGAAGCAAAGUGAUACUAAAAAUAAGAAAACCAAAAAAAAAAUAGACUAGACAAAUAAAAUAAAAUAAAUAAAUAAUAAUUGUAUAUGUUAAACAGUUAAAAAUAGUUCACGAUUUCCGUCUAUAAAGCAUACAAGUGAAAAAAAAGUAAAAAAAAAAAAUUGUUCACGAAAAAAAUCAAAUAAAAUCGUCAUUUUCGGGGAAGACAAUGUUAAAUAACCCGACAAACGAUCACAAAAUGACUGAAACGAUUCUCAGUGAGUCUGGCGUGGAGAAUUCUACGAGUGAACGCAAAAAUAGCAGCAACGGGAGCAGCAGCUGCAACAGCAUAAACGGCGACGCAGCGCAACACGAUUAUCCAUCGGCGACGAGUGAGACGACGAAAAAAACAUGCGGGAUCACGGGAAAGCCGAUUUUGAAUCAAUUAAACAAAUAUUUGACACCUCCGCCGGGAGUUCAUCUGAAAGAUUGGCAUGACAUGCCCCGCCAUUUGCAAUUCAAUCCGUAUGUUUUGAAGGGUUACAGGCCGCUCCAAGAUAUCCGAGGAUGUUUUAACAGCCUAUUUUAUAUGCAUAACGAAACGGUUAACAUUUUAACGCAUGGCAUACCCAUUGUCUAUAUCCUCGCUACGGUGCCGGCUAUAUUGCCAUGGGAAAAUGAAUAUCGCUUUUUGUCAUGGUGUCAUUUAGUCGGUUCUGUGGCACCUUGGUGCGGCAGCUUCGUCUAUCACUUGUUCAUGAAUUUGGAGCACGGCGAAUACACGUAUUACCGCUUACUGCAAUUAGACAUGCUCGGCAUUUGGAUCAGUCAGAGUUUCGGUGCCCUGCCAAUGGUUACAGCAACGGUUUUUUGUCUGAACGGGCUGCUAAAGUGGUUCAUAAUAACAGCAUAUUGUCUCCUUUGCGUGUGGGGAUUGUAUAAGGCUCUUACUGCUGGCUCGCCAUGGCAACGAAGACUUUGUUUCGCAUUACCAUUUACUAUGAGGAUAUUUUUAGCGCUGCUACGUGUCACGCGACUCGGCGGAGGAAGUCCAACGUCAUUUACUCACGUUGUCUUGCAGGACUCUGUGUCGUUAGUUGGAGGCGUGAUCGGCGCAAUGCAUAUUCCUGAAAAAUGGUUUCCGGGCGCCGUCGACAUGUGGCUUAACUCUCACAAUAUCAUGCAUAUCCUCGUUGUGAUGGCUGUCUAUUCGAUGCAUCAGGCAACAGUUUUGGAUAUCGAAUGGAUGGUAAAUGGCAAAUGCGGCGAUACUAUAGCAAUGAAUGUCACGGAUACGCAUACCGAGCUAUGACUACUUUCCGGAUCAGUUAACGAGUUAAUCGACAGUACAUGGCGUUAUUUGCUUUCGGCAUAAAAAGCUCUUUUGUUGCAAUAUUUAUCCAGAAAAAAAAAAUAUAAAAAAAUACAAAAAUAUAUAUUUGAGUAGCGACUUCUCUAUAAUUAUUAAUUAAUAUUGUAUUGAUAACAAAUAAACAAAAAAAAAU